AUGAGAAAAGUGGUACACUCUGCUACUGCGGACGUGGCUAAUAAACAUGAGAUUGUUGCUCUCAAACGGCUGAAAAUUGAGAAAGAGCGAGAAGGGUUCCCUAUCACUGCUCUUAGGGAGAUCAACAUGCUUCUGAAGCCUGAGCAACAUGAAUAUUGUAAAUGUACAAGAGAUAUUGAUUAG